GUCUAGCCUGGGCCUGGGCGUCGGGCCUAAGCCGGCAGCGCCAGGAGGGGAGUUCAGAAGAGUGUCGCCCGCAAUGGGGCGCCGCGAGGGCGUCGCCCGCCCGGAAGCUCCCGCGCCGACCCGAUUUUCCGCGGUUCUAUAAGGAGUUGAGCUUCGGUAGCCGGGGAGCUGGAGGGGAACCUGAUUUGAGAUCAAUUCUUGGAGAACACAAAGAAGUGUGGUGGUAUGUUCCAGGGUUGAACCAGCUGCCCUUUGACCCUGCCAACAACAACGAGCCCCUGCAGUUUGGCAGUACCAGUGGCCCUCUGGUCACAGAAGGCCUCAUUGAGAAUGGAGGGGAGUCAAGCAAGAAAAGAAAGAGAACAAAUGCUCCUUCAGAAAUCAUCAGUUACUUUUAUGAUGUCAAAAAAAUCCUACAGCCCUCUGUUUUAGGGUGAAUGGAUGUUUCCAUAAAUGGCAAGAGAUUUCAAUUGUAUUAAUGCAGACACAGAGCCAGAGGGACUAGAAGGUCACCUUCCCUCACAGAAAUGACUAGAGAGCUAAAUCCACAGUUCAGGACCACACAAUGCCAAGAAUUUUUAAAUGGAUAUGGGUCUAUGAAAUAGGCAUUGCAGCUGAUAAUAGUAGAACUCUGAAUGUGGAUUCCACUGCAAUGACACUACCUAUGUCUGAUCCGACUGCAUGGGCCACAGCAAUGAAUAAUCUUGGAAUGGCACCGCUGGGAAUUGCUGGACAACCAAUUUUACCUGACUUUGAUCCUGCUCUUGGAAUGAUGACUGGAAUUCCACCAAUAACUCCAAUGAUGCCUGGCCUGGGAAUAGUACCUCCUCCAAUUCCACCAGAUAUGCCAGUAGUAAAAGAGAUCAUACACUGUAAAAGCUGCACACUCUUCCCUCCAAAUCCAAAUCUUCCACCUCCUGCAACCCGAGAACGGCCACCAGGAUGCAAAACAGUAUUUGUGGGCGGCCUGCCUGAAAAUGGUACAGAGCAGAUCAUCGUGGAAGUGUUUGAGCAGUGUGGAGAGAUCAUUGCUAUUCGGAAGAGCAAAAAAAACUUUUGUCACAUUCGCUUUGCUGAGGAGUACAUGGUGGACAAAGCCCUUUAUCUUUCUGAUGCCAUUAAGAACAUUCGUGAUUCAUGGGAAGAGGUCAAAAUAUCAACAUUAACAGGAGUUUGGAAGAACAUGAUUCUAACCUUCAUGGAUGACUUUGAGGGACUCAAGACUUCAGUGGAGGAAGUAAUUGCAGAUGUAGUGGACAUAGCAAGAGAACUAGAAUUAGAAGUGGAGCCUGAAGAUGUGACUGAAUUGCUGCAAUCUCAUGAUAAAACUUUAACAGGUUACCGCAUUCGCCUGGGCUCUAGCACUGACAAAAAGGACACAGGUAGGCUUCAUGUUGAUUUUGCACAGGCUCGAGAUGACCUGUAUGAGUGGGAAUGCAAACAGCGUAUGCUUGCAAGAGAGGAACGCCACCGUAGAAGGAUGGAAGAAGAAAGGUUGCGCCCACCAUCCCCACCUCCAGUGGUCCACUAUUCAGAUCAUGAAUGCAGCAUUGUUGCUGAAAAACUAAAAGAUGAUUCCAAAUUCUCAGAAGCCGUGCAGACCUUGCUCACCUGGAUUGAGCGAGGAGAGGUGAACCGUCGCAGCGCUAACAACUUCUACUCCAUGAUCCAGUCGGCCAACAGCCACGUCCGCCGCCUGGUGAAUGAGAAAGCUGCCCAUGAGAAAGACAUGGAAGAAGCAAAGGAGAAGUUUAAGCAGGCCCUUUCUGGAAUUCUCAUUCAAUUUGAGCAGAUAGUAGCUGUGUACCAUUCUGCCUCCAAACAAAAGGCUUGGGACCACUUCACAAAAGCCCAGCGUAAAAACAUCAGCGUUUGGUGUAAACAAGCUGAGGAAAUUCGCAACAUACAUAAUGAUGAAUUAAUGGGAAUCAGGCGAGAAGAAGAAAUGGAGAUGUCUGAUGAUGAAAUAGAAGAAACAACAGAAACAAAAGAAACUGAGGAAUCAGCCUUAGUAUCACAGGCAGAAGCUCUGAAAGAAGAAAAUGACAGCCUCCGUUGGCAGCUUGAUGCCUACCGGAAUGAGGUGGAACUGCUAAAGCAAGAACAAGGCAAAGCCCACAGAGAAGAUGACCCAAACAAGGAACAGCAGCUGAAACUCCUGCAGCAAGCCCUGCAAGGAAUGCAACAGCAUCUACUCAAAGUCCAAGAGGAAUACAAACGGAAAGAAGCUGAACUUGAAAAAAUCAAAGAUGACAAGUUACAGGUGGAAAAAAUGUUGGAAAAUCUUAAAGAAAAGGAAAGCUGUGCCUCUAGACUGUGUGCAUCGAGCCAGGAUAGUGACUACCCUCUGGAGAAGACCCUGAACAGCUGUCCUAUCAAAUCUGAACGCGAAGCACUGCUAGUGGGGAUUAUCUCCACAUUCCUUCAUGUCCACCCAUUUGGAGCAAGCAUUGAAUAUAUCUGCUCCUACUUGCACCGUCUUGAUAAUAAGAUCUGUACCAGUGAUGUGGAAUGUCUCAUGAGCCGACUCCAGCAUACCUUCAAGCAGGAAAUGACUGGAGUUGGAGCCAGUCUGGAGAAGAGAUGGAAAUUCUGUGGCUUUGAGGGCUUGAAACUGACCUGAAUCCCUUUGCUUGACAACCUGGGAUCCUGAAAAUAAAUGUGUGUUGGACAAGCUUAGAAAGUGAUUUGUAUUUUCAAUGGUUUUCAAGUGGAAAUUGCUUUAAAUUUAUCAAUUCAUUCCUGGAAUAUCUUUUGAGUUAAAAUAAGGAUCCUAGAGCAGCACCUCAAGCUACAGGCCCUAUAAAGAAAUUGACUCAAACCUCAAGUGCUGCAACUUCCUCCUUUUCUGUCAAUUGGUUGUCUCUUUUUAUUAGUAGUAUUUAAAAAGGCCUGAGGCUACAGAGUAUUUGGGGUGUUUUCAGUGUCUGUACUACUGUUGUAGACUUUAGUAUUUUUUAAACACUGUUAACUGAAAUGUUUUGAUGAUUUAUAUGUGAUUUAACUGUUAACUGAAAUGUUUUGAUGAUUUAUAUGUGAUCUGUGUUUCAGAACUUCUCUUCACAUUAAUGUUGCUACUGGUGAGAGGAAUGAGAGGAGCACUAGGGACUCCAUAACUGACAUUGUCUUUCCAAUUCCCAGUAGGCCAGUAAGUGAAUAACACAUCAGUGUCUUCUAGAAGGUGCGUGACCAGGUUCACCUUUUAAAAGACAAAGCAUGGUUUGUGGCUUUUACAAAAUUACUGUGAACGAAAAGUUGACAAAUGUUUCAAAGUUAUUUUCUCUAAUGUAUCAGAUAAAAGGUUUAUUUCAGAAUUUUUAAAAAAAACUAGGGCUUCCCUGGUGGCACAGUGGUUGAAAGUCCGCCUGCCGACGCAGGGGACACGGGUUCAUGCCCCGGUCCGGGAAGAUCCCACAUGCCGUGGAGCGGCUGGGCCCGUGAGCCAUGGCCGCUGAGCCUGUGCGUCCGGAGCCUGUGCUCCGCAACGGGAGAGGCCGCAGCAGUGAGAGGCCCAUGUACCGCAAAACAAACAAACAAACAAACAAAAAAACUAGAUGUAUUAACAGAAAGCAAGUGUCCAGUAUAACUGGCAUGUGUAUGUGGUAUUCAGAAUCACCUUGUAAAUAGCCUGCUUUUAAAGGAGGGCAUGUUUAGUUUUCUAUGAAUUAAAACACACGUGUGCGCUCACACACACGCACACACACACACAUUAGCAGAAGGGAUUUAUUUUGAUACGCUUCCCCUCUGGUCUUCUUACAAAGUCUGGUGGUCCCUUUUCUUCUGCUGUCAGUGUGUUGAAUUGCAAACCAUGUACUGCUGUAAAUACUAUGUUUACUUCAUGCUGAAUGUCUGCAAAGAGUUGAUAUGAGUAUUAAUAGAAAAUUCCUGGUAAUGAAUAAAUAGUAGGCUAGGGUGUGUGAAGCUUUGCACAAAUAGGUCGGCUCCACCUGGAGUCCUGAGAACUGGGACUCCUCUAGUUCUGCGGUGCCCAUCAGCAGAUUACAAUGUCAGAGUGUGCGUGGACCAGUCAGGAAGUCCUGGUUGAUGGAAAAGAAAUGGAAAGGAUGAGAACUGGGGACUAAUAUCCUGAGGCAGAGAUGGUCUUUUCUUCUGUGGUGUCGGUGGUGCUUGUAAUAACAUAAGCAUGCCCUCCCUUGAGUCUUGAUUGAAAAUAAGAGAAUGUACUAAGUAAGCAAAGCCAGUGAAGAGUAUUUCACAAAAAUACUUUGUAAAUCAGAUGUCAGUAGUGUUCAAAGUUGUAUUUUUAAAAGAUAAAUAUUCCUUUUUUAUACCUCAGUUUGGUGUCCUGUUUUGAAUUGCUUGCUCUCUAAGUAAUCCUUUAGUAAAUCAUCUCAAUUUCUUCCUUUGAGUUACCAGAAUAUUGGAAGAAGAUGCUAAACCUUCUGCUUUGACAGCUAGAAACAGGAUUCCACAGCAGCGCAUUCAUGCUGAAAGCUGGCUUCCCCCUAAGCAACCAGCUGUGGCACCAGCAGGAAGCAAGGGUUAUUUUUACAGUAGCUUCCUCACUGAAGCAUCUCUGUCAUCAACGCUACAAAAGGCUUUGAUUCAUCAGUCUCAGGGGUCGUGCAAUGCCUUGUUUUAAUGACACCUAUGAAAUAGGGGAAAUUUGCCACUUAUCAAUUAUUUCUUAUUUAAAUAAGUUAAAUAAAAUGCAUUUAAAGCAA